CUCAAACCCAAUGGACCCCCAGCAGAAGCGGCUUCUUGCGGUCGCCGUCCUGUAUCACAGGCUGAAAGCCAGGCGCAGACGUCGGAGCUGGGUCCGCGAGACCAACCAGGCGAGGCCCGAGCAGGGGGAGUUCCACCGUCUGGUCCGCGAGCUGCGGCUGGACGGUGGCCGCUUCCAGACACACUUCAGGCUGAGUGUGGAGCAGUUCGACGGGCUGCUGCACAGAGUCGGCCCGCUCAUCAGAGCCGUGGAGACCAACUACAGGAAACCUAUCUCCCCCUCCCAGAGGCUGAGCAUCUGUCUGCGGUAUCUUGUCUCCGGGGAGUCCUGUCGGUCCGUGGCCCACAGCUACAGGGUGGGUGUGUCCACUGUGUGCGGCAUCGUCCGGCAGGUAUCGCAGGCCGUCUGGGACUGCCUGGUGGACGACUUCAUGCCGGUACCCAGAGAGGCCGACUGGAGGGCGAUGGCGGAGGACUACAUGGAGUUGAGGAACUUCCCAAACUGCGUUGGCGCUGUGGACAGCAAACAUGUUAUUAUCCAGGCCCCCGCAAAUUCAGGACCGUUGUACCGCAACUACAAGGGGUCCUUUUCGAUCGUGCUUACGGCAGUGGUCGAUGCCCGGUACCGGUUCCGGCUGGUGGACUUGGGGGCGUGUGGCGGGAGCAGCGAUGGAGACGUACUGUCGGACUCAGUGUUUGGCCAAGCCCUCCGGACUGCAACGCUCCGCCUCCCGCCGGAUCAACACCUCCCAGGUGCAGAACAUCUGGGCCCCCUGCCUCACGUUCUGGUGGGAGACGAGGCCUUUCCUUUGCUGCGGAACCUCAUGCGACCGUAUCCGGGAUCGAACCUGCCCAGAGAGCAGCGCCUGUACAACCAGCGGCUGUCCCAGGCGAGGAGGCUUGUGGACUGCGUCUUCAGCAGGCUGGCCAGCGAGUUCCGGAUCUUCCAGCAGGUGAUGCGCAUUGAACCGGUGGCAGCCGAGCUGGCUGUUCGGGCCGCCUGCAUUCUGCACAACUUCAUGCGGUGGGACCUGACGGAGGACAUCAGCGCAGACGGGGCCGGUGAGGGACUGCUGCCGGUGCAGAGGCUUCAGAGCGACGACGCUUCCGCAGAGGCUUCCUCCAUCCGCAACAGGUUCGCAGAGUACCUCUCCUCCCCUGCGGCUGCACGGUGUUUGACACGAUAGGUCAGAAACUCUGAGCAGUUGGUGGACCUCUGAAUGUUUGUGUAUGUCCAUUUAUUUAUUUUUCAGCCUAUAUGACAUUAUAUCCUUAACACUGAAUGUGUCUAUUGUUGCUUUUAGUAAAAACAUUAAAAGCUUCAAAAACUUU